ACAUAACCAUCAAAAAGAUAGAGUGUAGUGGUUAAACGCGCUUUGUUUAAAAUACUCGCAGGGAAAAUUAGUUGACAAUGUUACGCAGGCAAGCCCGGCUCCGGAGGGAGUACCUCUAUCGAAAGUCCAUCCAAGAUAAGCUAAAACUAAUCCAGGAAAAAAAGGAUAAAAUCAAGAGGUGCCUCGAGGAGAACGUUCCCAUCCAGACGGAUUUAAGGAAGGAAGCUCUCCUUCUGCAGAAAAAAAUCGAAUGGGAAGAUGCUGGGCCGGAACUCGCGAUUGCCCAGGGCACGGAGAUGGGUGGAGUUGUCGGGAACAACGAGGACGACGAGUACAGAUGGGCCGGCGUCGAGGACCCUAAGAUCGUGAUCACAACUUCCCGUGACCCCAGUGCCAAGCUCAAAGUCUUCGCCAAGGAGCUGCGUCUGAUAUUCCCGAACUCGCAGAGGAUGAACCGCGGUAACUACGAGAUCAAACAGUUGAUCAACGCGUGCAGGGCCAACAACGUUACUGACUUUAUCAUGGUUCACGAGAAGAGAGGCAAUCCCACUUCCCUCACCGUUUGCCACCUGCCAUACGGACCCACAGCACAUUUUACCAUGUCAGAUGUCAUUAUGAGGCACGACAUCCCGGAUAUUGGCACCAUGUCCGAACAGUAUCCCCACCUUGUCUUUCACAAUUUCAAAACCAAGCUCGGCCAGAGGACUAUGAACAUUCUUAAGUACCUGUUUCCUGUACCCAAAGAGGACAGCAAGAGAGUCAUCACGUUUGCCAAUCACAAUGAUUACAUCUGCUUUCGGCAUCAUACUUACAAGAAAGUCAACGGCAGAGACAUAGAACUGACAGAAGUUGGCCCAAGGUUUCAGCUUCAUCUGUAUGCGAUCAAACUUGGUACGCUAGACAACGAAGCUGCAGCAGAUGUGGAGUGGGCAUUGAGGCCUUACAUGAAUACCAGUCACAAGAGAAAAUUUUUGUCCGACGACGAUGGCUGGUUACAAGAAGAUGACGUGGAAUAA